AUGGCUCUGGAUGAUGCUAGAGCUCUACCCGAGGACUGGCCCAAAGGCAAGAAAAUUCUCUGGUGCAACAUGGCAUUCUCAGACGCGUUUCAUGUCGACAACAAGCUGCAGCUUGUGCUUCCCAACUCUGUCUAUUUAAUUGGCUAUAUUUUCGGCCCUCUCCUGUUCGGACCGAUGAGUGAGCUGUAUGGUCGAAAGCCUGUUUUAUUCAGCCCGUUUACCGGCUACUUACUGUUCACACUGGGCUGUGCCGUCGCGCCAAACUGGACGGCACUACUUAUCUUCCGUCUUCUAGAUGGCAUUUCCGCCUCAGCCACCUUAUCCAUUGUGGGCGGUUUGUAUGCUGAUGUGUUCAACAAUCUUGUGACAAGGGGCCAUGCUAUUGCGGUUCUAGUUGGGGUAUGCAUUAUUUCCUUUCGUUCUACCGAGCUUUAG